AUUAUUCCACAAUUUUUAAAAUUUGAAUUGGUAAAAAAUUCUCCGAUCAUGAAAUUCAUCAUAAUGAUCGAGGUGAUAUUGUUCACACAUAAUACAAUUUUAUUACUUCAAUGUUCAAUGUUACUAUCCGGUACAAUAAUGGCUACAUAUUAUGUAUAUCAUAAUGAAUUGAUUCAUUUAAAUCAAAAUUUUAUUAUGAUUUCGAAAAAAAAUUCUCAACAUUGUUGUCAUGGUGAUAGAAAAAAAUCAAUCACUAUGAAUGAUUUGAAAAAUCUUGGAUCUAUUUAUAGGCAACAUAAUAUAUUAUCGUAUUAUCAACUAUACACUGAUAAAGAUGCAUGGAGCAAGGCACUUUAUUAUUAUGCAUUGGUUAGCAUACCGAUCAAUGUAACAACUGUAUGUGAAUUAAUAUUGGAAGAUAUGCCAACACAAACACAAUUGGUAUUCAUUGUAAUUACCAUCAUUCAUGCAUUUACUGGUUUAAUUCCAUUUAUAAAAUUGGCAAUAGUAUCCAGUGAUUCACAUCGAAUCAAAAAUCAUAUUCCGGCCAUACAAUUACAAUUAAAAUAUCGUCAUUAUUUACGAAUGAAAUUAAAAUAUGAUGAUCUUUAUGAACGAUUGAUGUUUGGCAGAAAAAUUGCAUUCACAUUUGGCCACCUGGGCAUUAUUACAUUUCGUGGUUUAUUCGAAGCAUUUCUUGCCUAUUUCGUUGCAUUCUUUUUGAUAAUGGGUCUUUAUAUGAAAGAAAAUAUUCAUUCGAAUCAAUGA